GUCUUCCUCUCCCCCGUAACCCUAGGUUUUUCUCUGAACUCUCUCUCAGGUAUCUCCCCCUCUGUCUCUCCUCUUCAAUUCGGCGUCUGUUUGAUUCGUCUCGACGCGUUUCAUCUGCAAGAGAGGAGUUCGCUCGAUCUCUUUGUUUGAAGAAGUAGGAGUUUUCAUGGGGGAAGUAAAGGAUAAUGAUGCUUACGAGGAGGAGCUUCUCGAUUACGAAGAGGAAGAUGAAAAGGCCCUCGACUCCGUCAAUGGAAAGCUUGGUUCCGAGACCGGCAAAAAGGGCUAUGUUGGAAUUCACAGUUCUGGAUUCCGAGACUUCUUGCUGAAACCAGAGCUUCUUCGAGCAAUUGUGGAUUCUGGAUUUGAACAUCCUUCAGAAGGUAAUUAUUAAUUCCAUGUUCAUCAUUUCAGCCAGAUAACUGGCUUGGUAAACUUUCCAUUUAGGGGAAGAGGACAUCAUUUUUACUUAUGAAGGAUUCAUUCGCUGGGAUUUUCUUUGCUUCAUCAGUGCAACAUGAGUGCAUACCACAGGCUAUCUUAGGAAUGGAUGUCAUUUGUCAAGCAAAGUCUGGGAUGGGGAAAACUGCUGUGUUUGUUCUGUCUACUCUACAACAGAUCGAGCCUGUGGCAGGUCAGGUUGCUGCCCUUGUGCUUUGCCACACCAGAGAAUUAGCUUAUCAGAUCUGCAAUGAGUUUGAAAGGUUCAGUAGGUACUUGCCUGAUCUCAAGGUUGCUGUCUUCUACGGAGGUGUCAACAUAAAGAUCCAUAAGGAACUACUGAAGAAUGAAUGUCCUCAUAUUGUUGUUGGAACACCUGGAAGAAUAUUGGGGCUUGCUAGGGAUAAAGAUCUUGGAUUGAAGAAUGUGAGGCAUUUUAUCCUUGAUGAGUGUGACAAAAUGUUGGAGUCACUUGACAUGAGAAGGGAUGUGCAGGAGAUUUUUAAGAUGACACCUCAUGACAAGCAAGUAAUGAUGUUCUCUGCAACAUUAAGCAAGGAAAUUCGACCGGUUUGCAAGAAGUUUAUGCAAGAUCCAAUGGAAAUUUAUGUUGAUGAUGAAGCCAAGUUAACACUUCAUGGGCUUGUCCAGCAUUACAUAAAAUUGGGUGAGAUGGAGAAGAAUCGCAAGCUCAAUGACCUUCUAGAUGCCUUGGACUUUAACCAAGUAGUCAUUUUUGUCAAGAGUGUCAGCAGAGCUGCUGAGCUUAAUAAAUUACUUGUGGAGUGCAACUUUCCAUCUAUAUGCAUCCAUUCUGGAAUGUCUCAGGAAGAAAGGUUGACACGCUACAAAGGGUUCAAGGAGGGUCUUAAAAGAAUCCUUGUUGCAACUGAUUUAGUUGGAAGAGGCAUAGACAUUGAGCGUGUUAAUAUUGUCAUAAAUUAUGACAUGCCAGAUUCUGCCGACACAUAUCUGCACAGGGUGGGAAGAGCUGGCAGAUUUGGCACCAAGGGUCUUGCAAUCACUUUCGUAUCAUCUGCUUCAGACUCUGAUGUUCUUAAUCAGGUCCAGGAAAGGUUUGAGGUAGACAUAAAGGAGCUCCCAGAGCAAAUUGAUACUUCUACAUACAUGCCAUCAUAAGGCGAGGUCGGGUGAUUACGCUUGUGGAAGGACAAAACGGAUAAUGUUAUUAGCAAAAGUGGAGAGCUAGUUUUGAUGAUGAUCAUCAUUGGGGCAUAUGGCAACUGUGCAUUAGAGUAGUUGAUGUUUUUGCAUGAAUGUUUAGUGUUUUGUUGGUAUUCAGAGUUUUUAGAUUGGUAUUUAAAAGAGCAGUUGAUAAUUUGGCCUUGUAUAACUAAUAUCUAGUACUUGUUGGUAGUUGAAUUUUAGACCCUACUUGCUUUGUAACUUAAAACUUUACUUGUGUCUUCACCAUCAUCUUCUGCAUUUUUUG